UUGGAUUAGGAAAGCAGAUACAAAUAUAAAUAUGAAUAUCCUUCCAGAAAUGUAAUGUAUGGCCAUAAUUUUCAAAUUUCUCCAACCAUAUCUUCUUUUAUCCUUCACAGAUUCUUUGUUCUGCUUCUGGAAUCCCCACAAAACAACAUGAACAUAUGCGAGGUGAAAAAGCGAAUUACAGAAGCCGAACAAUAGUGAAAUUCUUAAUAUUGAAGCUCGAUACAGCAUAAUACAUGGUGGCUCUAAGCCUCCAAUCUGUCCAGUUUAGACCAGUUCAACAAAAUCCUUCUUUACAGAGAUGGAGACCCAGAAAUUUUAUUAGAUGUAGGAUUGCAGAGCCCACGGGACAGCCAGCUCCUUUGGGACAGAAAACGAAAUACAAUGAUGGCUUCUUUGAGAAGGCAUUCAUGACCCUCUUUGCUAGGAAGAUGGAGAAGUUCGCGGCUCCAGCCAAGGAUGGGAUUGAGGGUAAGGAGAAGGGUUGGUUCGAUUAUGACUACGACAGUUUUGUCGAUGUUUCCAGGCGGGUAAUGCAGGGAAGGAAUCGCUUACAGCAGCAGCAAGUAGUUCGCGAGGUCCUCUUGUCCAUGCUCCCUCCAGGUGCCCCUGAGCAGUUCAGGAAAUUGUUCCCACCAACAAGGUGGGCUGAAGAAUUCAAUGCUGCAUUAACAGUGCCUUUCUUUCAAUGGUUGGUUGGUCCUUCUGAGGUUGUGGAAGUAGAGGUGAACGGGGUGAAGCAAAGAAGUGGAGUUCAUAUAAAGAAGUGCAGGUACCUUGAGAAUAGCGGGUGUGUAGGGCUGUGUGUCAAUAUGUGCAAAAUUCCUACUCAAGAUUUCUUUACCAAUGAAUUUGGACUUCCAUUAACCAUGACUCCUAAUUUUGAAGAUAUGAGCUGCGAAAUGGUGUAUGGACAAGCUCCACCUCCAUUUGAAGAGGAUCCAGCAUCCAAACAGCCCUGUUUUGCAGAUAUUUGCUCCAUUGCGAAUCCCAACUCCAAUGUUUGUCCUAAGCUACAGGCUUGAAAAGAUUUUGCUUCUAAUUGGUUUAGUUUGUGUUGUACCUGAAAAAAGAAUUUGAUGUAUGCCUAUCAGACAAGGCCCUUUGCUUCAUACAAGGAUGAUAUAUUCCCGCAGAAGAUUUAUUCUAGGCAGGAGUUGUAAUCUCAAUGAACUGGUAGUCUGUUAUUUAUAAGCCUUAAAAAGGAUCCGAACUCUAGUUCUAUACAGAUAAGACUAAAUAACAAUAUACUACUUCCUGUCC